CAAAAUCAAACCUUAUGCUCAAACAAGUCGCUUCUACCAAAAGCAGCCCAAAAGAUUCUUUUCCACCUUUAUUCCGGUAAGUUUUGGAAAUGUUAAAGGGACACCCUUAUGGCUGUACAGGCCCAAUGCAACAGCUCCUCUGGCUCUGACCCAAUCUCUUAUGAAGAAGGAUCAGGUCCAUUGGCAGUCAUCAUUAUCCCAAGCUUGCUGGCUCUCAGCACCCUGAUCGUUGUCUCUCAGAUAAUAUGGAGCUUUAUUACCAAAAGAUCAUCAGCUCAGAUUAUCACAGGUUCAUCUUCAAAUGUAAAUGAAGGGGACCAUGUACCUUUGGACACAGGCUUUGUGAACAUGAGGCCUGCACAGGAUGCUCUGGAUCCAUGGGAGAUACCUGCUCAGUGCACUCUGGAGGGGGUGGAGCCGUUUCAGAUGGGACGUUAUGGGCCAAUCUGCACGGGUCAGCUAAAACAAGACAGCACAUCCACUGCUGUAGUGAUUAAAACUCUUAAAGAAGGGUCAAAUCAACCAGAGGCCACUGAAUUUGUGGAUUUUGUCCUUUUCCACGUAGCAGUGAGCAAACAUGAGAAUAUAGUCAAGAUGUUAUACUGCCAGACACGCCGGAUGCCCAUGUACCUGGUUUUGGAGGCAAGCGUUCCAGGGAACCUCCUGCAUUUUCUCUGGAGUCUUCGAGAGGACAGAUGUGGCGCAAGUGAUAAUUUCCAGAUGUUUUCAGAGAGAUCCGUUUAUCAUGUAGCUAAACAGGUAGCAGCAGGACUGGACUAUUUACUCUCCUACCACAGAAUUAUUCAUGGGGAUGUCGCAGCCCGGAACAUGCUGAUUGGUUCAGGGCUCUCUGUGAAAGUCUCUGGAUUGGAUUUGGCUUUUAAGAGCCGACAGUCGAGAACGGUGGACAAAGAACAAGAAGCCAAUGUGCCAGUAAAAUGGAAGGCCCCUGAACGGAUGAUGAGGCUUCCCCUAACAGACAGAAGUGAUGUAUGGUCCUUUGGAAUCCUGCUUUAUGAGAUGAUAACCCUGGGGUCUCCUCCCUAUCCUGACCUGGAUCCAUCUGAAGUGCUGCCAAACACUUUAGCCCAUUACCGAAUGAAAAGACCAGAAAACUGUGGAGCCCCAUUGUAUGACUUAAUAAAGUACUGCUGCAUGUGGAACUUCAAGGACCGGCCUGUGUAUUCUGCCAUUAUUCGGCUUCUAGACUCGUACAAAUACUUCGCUGACACAAAACCACUUUGCGCUGGACAGCAAAUGGACAUCUGUGAAUACAGGAGGAAAGCAGGACUGCCUCCAUUAGAUCUAUUCAAUCAAAGAAAAAUUUAAUUGAUCAUUUCUACAGUGCAUGAAAAUGGCACAAUUGAUUCAGUUCCAUUAAGACUGACAUCAAUUAAUAAUAAUAAAGUCUAGCUUGUCACAACCAGCAGAAUGUCACUAGAGGUCGCCCUAUUUCUCGAAACUGGAGAUUGCAUGCAUAGUGGUCAACUAAAAUUGAUCUCAAUGCUUCCAGCUAAAUACAUUUGUUACUAAUGUAAUACCAAAAAUAGAAGAAGCUUUUUGAACCUUUGUCAUUUUACUUUUUUUGAUUGAAGUGGUGGCUAAAGCCAUGUUAUUUACCUAAAGUAGGGUGACCAUAUAGCCUCUUUUUCCCAUGUAUGUCCUGGCAGGUGAUUUCUAAAUUUCCUAAAGACUCCAAGUGUUGGCUUUUUUCUGGCUCUUUUCUGGCUCUCUGUGGACAUUUACAGACAUUAUAGAUCCAAUCAAUUCCAAUUUCAAACAUCCUGCAGUAUUUUGAUGGAAAUAGAUACCAUGAUACACUUUUGAAAGGUUACACCAGCUACAUCCUUUGGUGGUUGACCUCUAAAAACCACAAACACAAUUCUUCUUAACACCACUAAAUUUUAAUAAAAAGUAACCACAAGUGGUGUACAGAACACAAAAUAAUGCCUCAAUACUGUUAUGUUGCAGGGUAUCAACUUCCCACUGAACCUGUGAACAGUACAUAGCAAAUUCAAUGGAAAAUCACUCGCUAAACACAAGCAAUUACUGAUAACUGUGAGUCAGGAAGCAGAACCCCUUAAAACAGAGGUUAAAUGGUACAGAUAAACUCAUUUAUCAAAAUUAAAUCAACCUUCAUAUUGCUACGAGGCAUUUGUUUCGAAGGCCCACCUAAUAUUAUAUGGGACAUAAAGUAUUUUAGGUCACACAUUAACCAGGCAAUAGAUAAACUACAGUAUAUGAUGAUAGCCACUACCUUAAUCAUACUGUAGUGUUUUUACAUGAAAUUACACAGAUCAUAUGCAUAAAAUUCACUUUUUUUAAUAAUUAAGCAGAAAUUUUGAUUAUGAUUGAGAGCGGAGUUUCGGAUUUUUCGGUUUCUUAAACAACCAAAAAUCAGUAAUUCUACAAGUAUAAAUUCCACAGCAAAUUUGACAAUCUCUACUUUGCUUCUUGACUUUUUGAUUCAUUUAGGUAGAACUGUGCAACAAACACCACCCAUAGUGUAUCCAAGACAUCUACUGUGUCUCUGUCAACAUGCCAUGCAAACACAUGACAAUAUAUGUGAAACAGAGGUAAAGAGCAUUUCUCAUCCUUAGCGAUGAAACAUCAGCAGCAAUCAAGAUGUCCGUAAGCCUCCUAGAUCAUGUCGAUUUCAUGAAGUUCAUCACCUCAAAACAAACAUUAUUUAAAAAUUGGGUAACACUUUCUAUGAA